AUGGCAUCUUAAAGUGAAGAAAAAGAUUUAAUAGGAUCCAUAUUAAGUGGUACUUCUAAUUAACUAUUCACAGACGAUGAGAUUAAAUUAGUGCCAAGUUUGUGCAAGAGAAGAAAGAAUUUAUCACUAAAAUCGAAAGAAUUCAAUCCUGAAUAGCAUGUCAAUUAGCAAGAUAUUCACACUUCGAAUGCCAGCAUAAUUUCUACAGGAUAGGUAUCUUAAUAGAAAUAGCGAAUAUUUUUUCAUACAUAAACAUCUAUAGAAAUACAGUCUUAACUAUCUAGUGCCUUAAUUUAAACAUCAGAGUAGGAAGUCUGUGGUUCAGCAGAGAAUUUUUAAUCAUUGGAUUCAAUAGAGAAACCGUAGAUCAAUUACAAAGGCAAAAAGCAUCUUACUGUAUAACCAUUAGAAUAUUAACACACACAAUGUUAGUUUAAAAGUGACCAAAGUCUUGAUGGGAAAAUGUAACUUAGUUAAAUGGAUCUUAAUUGUUAGGAAUAAAUAUGUGGCAACCAAUUUAUAAAUAGAAAAUUAUAAAAUGCUUUGGAUGGUAAUGAUUCCAAUCAGAAAAGACUCAUUUUUUGUUAGGUUGAAAAGAUAUGUGUAAAAGCAGCUAAGGACAUGUUCGGUAAUUAUACAGUGUAAAAACUAUUUGAUGUUGCAGAUUGCGAUUAAAAAUUUAAAUUAUAUUCUCUCUUGAUUAGUCAUAUUCUGGAAUUAUCAAAAAACUAAUAUGCUUGUAGAGUUGUUCAAAAGAUGAUAGAAUUCGUAAAAGGUUCUCCUGAACAUAUUGAAUCAUUCUUCAAAACACUUUAUCCACAUAUUCAUUAAUUAUUAAAUGAUGUUAAUGGCAAUUAUGUUUUGCUCUCUUGUUUUGAAAUAUUAGACAAAUCUACAUUACUGUUUAUCAUACCAUACAUUGAAGAAUGUAUUGCAAUUCUCUCAAAACAGACUUAUGGUUGUAGAUUAAUUCAAAAAGUCUUAGAACUCUAUCCUUUGGAGAUAACCUAAAGGAUUUUAGAUAUAUUGAUUUCUUUCGCCUAUUAAUUAUGCUAUUAGGAAUUCGGAAACUACAUAAUCUAAUACCUUCUGAAGAGUGGGCCACAAAAGGAAAGAUUAAUUAUUAGCCAAAUUAUUAAGGAAAAUUUCGAAAAAUUAAGUAUUAAUAAGUUUGGUAGCAAUACUGUUGAAAAGUAUAUCGAUCUAAUGGGACCUUCCUAAAUUAUUAAGAACUUAUGUACAAAAUCAAAUGAUUAAUUUGUAUUUUAUAACUUAUCCAUCCAUCCUUUUGGAAAUUAUGUUAUAAAAAAAGUUCUAAUAAGUGCGGAUCCAUCAGUUCAUUAUCUAAAAUAAUUAUUGAAACAGCAUCCAGAUCUUAUUUAAUAAAUUAAAAACUCGGAAUUCGGAUAAAGAGUUGGUUUAAUUUUGGAUACUGUAUGA